AUGUUUGCUCUCAGAUCAAUUCGUUCAGCCUCAAAGGUUUUAUCAACCUCAACCAUUGCCCCACAACCACAGAGAGGUUUCUUCACUAAAUUCUUAUUCCCAUCUGAACGUCAACUCAGAAGAGAAUACUUAGAAAACAAUAACAUCAAAGUUGGUUCACCAGAAUUCGAUAAAUAUUAUGCUGAACAAACCCCAUCAAAAUUAUCACAAGAAACUGGUUUAAGUGAUGCUCUUCUUGAUGAUCCAAUCCUCCACAUCUGUGUCAUUAAAUAUAACAAAAACAUUGUUGAAAGAUAUAAUUUAACCCCAGAACAAGAAAAUGAUAUUAUUGCCAACUAUGAUAUUUCAGCUGGUGAUCCAUCAUUAGAACAAAUUCUUCCACUCCCAGUCCCAGAACACAAUUUCUCAGAACUCCCAAUCGUUAAAGUUUACAAUGAAUAA